GUAUGAAGGGUAUGAAAGUGGGAGUAUACAGAUCAGAUACAAAUUGAAGUAGAGGUAUUCGAAAGUUGAGAGGAAUGCUUAAGUGAACGUUGUGUCUGCGUAAUUCUGUUACGCGAAGUUAUUAAAUUACGAAUUAAUGGUAUUCCGUGUAUAGAAUGGCAGUUCCAGAAAAGGGUGAAGUUACCAAACUACAGCAGCAUUUGUCACUGUUGAAAGAGGAGUACGUGAAACUUCAAGCACACUGCAUUGAAUUGGAAAGAAAGUAUGCACUUGUUGCAUCAACUACCGGCGAAGUAAAUGAAAACAGCUUUGUAGCGAAACUUUUGCGUACUGUAGCAGAAUUGUUUGAUCAGCAUCUUUACAGUGAUAUGAAGGUGAAAUUAAAUGGACGGCUCAUUCCUGCUCAUCGGUUUGUGUUAGCAGCUAGAAGUGAAUACUGGGGUGUCCCGUCUUUGGUUGAUGUUGAUUUUCUUGAUUGGAGUGAUCUUGUUCCAGAAGUUGGAACUGCAAUGCUCAAGUGGGUCUAUACAGAUCAGGUGGAUUUCUCCCAUGGUGACAGUUUCACUCUUGACCUCAUGAGAACUGCAAAUGUAUACAAGCUAGAAGAUCUUGUUGCCAAGUGUGAAAAGGCUCUAAUGGCAUCCGUCAAUGUCCGAAACUGUGUGAGAUUCUACACAACAGCUGAUGAGAUUGGUGCUGAAACACUGAAAGAACAUUGUUCUGGACUUAUCUCAGCACACUGGGAUGACUUCACAAGUGAAGACUUUGCGCAUAUGAGUGCACCUCUACUGUUUCGGAUGUUCAAGUCAAAAACAGGAUUCCCCCUGCAUGCAGCUGUGAGACUGCAGAGAGAAGAUGUUGUGUUCCUUUACCUGGUGGAGAAUAGUGGUGAUCUGACAACACUUGUGAAUCAGCUGGAUGGACGUGGAGAAUUGCCAUUAGAUAUAGCACUAUGUGCAGGGCAAACCAGCAUAGCUCGGACUCUGGUGGAGCACCAAGCAGAUCUCGAUGCUAGGGAUACCCGUGAUUAUACAUUGCUGCAUCGAGCUGUUGAAAGAGGUGACAAGUACUCUGCAAGUUUUCUAAUAAAUCAUGGUGCAUCUGUGGCCACUGUAACUCCAGAGCUGGGUGACACUGCCUUGCACACGAUUGCAAGUUAUUCACCCAGUACUUCAGAGACUGACGUCAUUACUGCCAUGACAGAUGUUGCAAGACAGAUGUUGGAAAAGGGGCUUGAUCCUAACCUUCAGAACAAGCAAGGCUUUACUCCUCUCCACUUGUCAGUGAUGGCACGCAACGAAGCAAUUUUCUCUCUCCUACUGAGCCACACCGCACAGCCUGUAGAUUUAAAUCUUCGCACUCAUGAGGGUCACGCAGCCCUCUGGUUUGCCUUGCUUACAUCUCUGGAGUAUGGGGAAGAAAGUUUUGCUACACGUCUGUUGAAGAAUGGAGCUUCCCCAAAUCCUAUCUAUUCAGCGUCUUCUGACUCUCUCCUCCAUCUUGUCUGCAGAGAAGGUUUGGAAGAAGCAGGCCUAUUAUUAUGUUUGCAUGGAGCAAACGCUAAUCAUGUCAAUAAGAAGGGGGAGAGCCCACUUCAUGUGGCAUGUUCCAAAGGCUUAAGCAAGUUAGUUGGAGAGCUGCUUAAAGCUGGUGCAAACCCUAACCUGCAAACUCUUCAGAUUCAUGAUGGUGGUUAUAAUAGCACUGGCAAAAGCGAAGCUGUUACCUUCAAACAAACUCCACUACAUGUUGCCAUUGUUCAGAAACAGGAAGGAGCCAUAAGAGCCAUCAUUGAUCAUAAAAAGUCAAGAGAAUCAAAAUCCAUUCCUGUGAAUUUCAACCUGAUGGAUUCCUCUGGAAAUACUCCACUCUCUUUGGCUCUGGUAACAGGGAUGCAGCACAUGGUAGCUGUAUUGAUUCAGGGUGGUGCUGAUGUAAAUGUCCGGAGUGGAAAAGGUUUGACUCUCCUGCAUCAGGCAAUCCUGAAGGAAGACUCUGAAACAGCAAUUUUCCUGUUAGAUCAAGGUGCUGACAUGAAUGCAGUAACCACAGACAAUGAGACUCCACUUCAGCUUAGUAUCAAAUGUCAGUUGCCAGAUGUGGUUGAUACCCUUUGUAGAAGAGGUGUUGAUGUGUCCGUCGUAGAUGCUAACAAUAAUUGCCCUCUGUGGGUAGCAUUAGAAACUGGCCAAGAGAACAUUGCAUCAAUCCUUGUUCGGAAUGGAGUUGACACAGACUGCUGGGGAAUUGGUCCUGAAGGAUGUUAUCAGACAUUACUUCACAGAUCUAUAGAUGAAAACAAUGAGCAGAUUGCUCGGUUUUUAAUUCAAAGUGGCUGUGACCUGAACUCAGCCAGAAGACCUGGCCCUGGAGGUCGAGGUGGUGAUGAAGCUCGUGACCAGGCCAGUCCAUUACACCUUUGUUGUCAGUGGGGUCUGGAGACAGUAGUGCAAACACUUGUGGAACAUGGGGCUGCCAUUAACAGCAGGGAUGCAGAAGGAAAGACUCCACUUCAUGUUGCUAUUCAGAACCAGCAUCCAUCCAUCAUCUCUUUGUUAUUAUGCCAUCCAAGAAUUGACCUCUCAAUCCGGGACAAGAGUGGAUUAACUCCUUUUGCCACAGCUCUCACCUACAGGAACAACAAGGCAGCUCAGGCCAUUCUUGAUAAGCUACCCACAGCAGCUGAGCAGUAUGACAGCCGGGGUCGCAACUUCCUGCACAUGGCUAUUCAGAAGAAUGAUAUGGAAAGCGUUCUGUUUCUGCUGUCAAUCCAUGUGGAUGUCAAUUCACGAGUUCAGGAUGCUUCACAGACUCCACCACUUCAUCUAGCUGCAGCCUCAGGUUCAGAGAUGCUUGUGCGGAGCCUGUUAUUGGCUGGAGCUAGGACUGAUGAUCGUGAUGCACACCGUUGUACAGCCCUGCACGUGGCAUCUGCUGCAGGACAUGCCAGUGUGGUGUCAGCUCUGAUUCAGAAUGGUGCUAAUUUUGAUGCAACUGACUCAGAAGGUGACAAUGCCCUUCAUAUUGCAACGCGUGAGGGACAUCUUCCUGUGGCUCGUGCCUUGCUCACAGAAUCACAUCUUAAUGCUGAAGCUGUUAAUAUCAAAGGUCGCAAUCCAUUACAUGUUCUUGCCCGGUAUUCACGUGACACUUCAGCUGCCAUCUGUGAACUUUUUCUUGAGUGCAUGCCAGAGUAUCCACUUGAUAAACCAGAUCCAGAAGGGAACACAGCUCUACUGCUGGCAUAUAUGAAAGGGAAUGGAAAUUUGUGCCGCACAUUGGUGAAAGCUGGAGCUUGCCUUGGUGCAGUGAACAAAGAUGGCAUAACAAUUUUCAACUACCAGGUGGCAACAAAGCAACUUCUUUUCAGACUCUUAGAUCAUUUGUCUCAGGAGCCUCCUUGGGCAGAGGGAGACAUUUGCUUGGAAUGUGGUGCCAAGUUUGGACUCACCAUGAGGAAACAUCACUGCCGGCAUUGUGGUAGAAUUUUAUGCAGCAAGUGUUCAGAUCGAGAUGUUCCAAUUCUAAAAUUUGGAUUAAAUAAACCUGUCAGAGUGUGUGGGGUUUGUUUUGAUGUCUUGCAAGUUGGAAGUGCCUAAUACUUAUCCAAGUGUGUGUGUGUCAGAAAUAAAAAUGCCUGGUGAUAUAUUCCUUUCCAAAGUACUUUGGUAUGAAUGUUAAAAGGGCCAAGGAGUGAAGAGUAAACAGUGAGAAACAUGAAUGGUGUGAAAUGAAUUGAAAAGGGGGUUGGGAGUUAUGAAUACUGAAAUAUCAUAUAAAUUGAACAUAAAUAUGCAGAUUGUCAUUAAAUUCCAAUGGAAUUUUUGUCACUAAAAGAAUGAGAAGAAGAGAGAGUUGACAGUUGUCCUUUUUUGUAUACAAACAAUUCAGAAUCUCCUUAGCCAUUCUGUUUUGUUAUCUGGUCUGUUUUGGAUAAUUUUAUUAGAGACAUUACAUGAUAAAUGGCAUUUAUUACAAAUAUAUGCAUAUGUAAGAAAACAGAAAUAUUUCAUAUGGUUUCAAAUAUUUGAAAGUGACUGCAUAUGGUAAUAUGUAUUACAGGAGGAAAAUAUAUUAUUAUUAUUAUUAUU